UCCUUAUUUCUCCUUCUUUUCAGGGAGUGAUGCUACAAUCAUCUUAUCAUGGGGUCCACCAGGUAUCAGGGGUGCGUGCACUCAGCCCUGCACAUCAGUGCGGCAAGUUGCAGGAAGGGGAUGAGUUGGUGCAGGUCAGCUACCAGACUGUGGUUGGCUGGGCUCCCCAUAAAGUGGCAGCAAUCAUGCAGGAGUGUCCUGUGGAGGUGAUUCUCACUGUGAAAAAGAGGCCUUGUCACUCAAAUACAGUGACUCAGAUCUACUUCAAGCCCUUCCGUCUGCCUAGCAAAAAGAGGACUUACUCCCCCUGGGCAACCUCAGUCAUGACAUCACCCAGGGAUGACCUCAAGAGCAUUCCCAACCUUCAGCUCCCAGU